AUGAUAUCAUUUUUGGAAGUUUUACCAACAGAAAUAUUAUUCGAAAUAUUUGAUUAUUUAACAGCAUUUGAUAUAUUAUAUGCAUUGAUUAAUUUAAAUAGACGAAUAAAUCAUAUUGUUGAAUUAUAUCCAUUACAAUUAGAUUUUCAACAAAUUUCACGAUUAAAAUUUGAUUUUAUUUGUCGAUAUAUGCAACCGAAACAAAUUAUUUCAAUUUAUUUUUCUGAUGAAUUUAUGCCAGAUCAAGUUAAACUUUUUAAUAAAUAUUUUCCUGAUUUUCAUGAUCGAUUUAUUUAUUUAAAAAAAAUUAAAUUCAUUAAUACAUCAACUAUUUUAUCGAAUCUUUCUAUUAAUGUUUCUUCUCUUUCAAUUAAAACUUAUUUAAAAACAAAUAAUACUGAUUAUUUCAUCUCGAAAAUUCUCAAUCAACAAGCUCAAUAUUUAACUUUUUUAAAAGUCGAUGGAUCUUAUGUAUUUCGAUCAAUUAAUACAUCAUUUCCAUUACUUAAACAUUUAAUAAUUGAUUAUUGUACGAUUACAGAAUUUCAUCGAAUUCUUCAUUAUUUUAAAUCUUCAUUGACACAUUUAAAUAUUUUUCUCGAUAGAGAAGACAAUUUGACAAUACUUAAUUUUGAACAUUUAUCGAAUAGUCUAAUAUAUUUAAAAAUAAAUUUUUCUCAAGAAAUUCUUAUAUCAUUUGAAUUAAUUAAACAAUAUCUUCAACAAUUAAUAAAAUUAAAAUAUUUAACAAUAGAAGCAACAGGUACAUUAGAUUUAAUGAAUGGUCAAUUAUGGGAAGAAUAUUUAUUUGAAAGAGAAAUAAAAAAAUUUAAUUUUAAAUUUACACUUUCAAAUAAUUUUAUUUGUCAUCAAGAUCAAAAUACUUUACUUCAAUCAUUUUGUUCAUCAUUUUGGAUUGAAAAACAGCAUUGGUAUGUUGCAUGUGAAAAAGGAGAAUUUAAAUCUAGUCGUCCAAUAAUUUAUUCUAUACCUUAUUUUCAACCAUCACUUAUCUUUUAUUCAUUAAAUAAUAAUUUACCUGUAACAACAACUAACAAAGAUAUUAUUUUUAAAUAUGUAAAUCAUCUUAUUUUAACAUUUUAUAAAACAAUAAUAUUACCAAAUUCAUUAUUUACUAAUGUUUAUUCUUUGACAUUAUUAACGUCAAAUUUACCAUCAAUUGAUAUUCUUCAAUCAAUUGUUAAUCUUAAACAAAUACGAGAUUUAGAUGUAUCAUUAAUAGAAAAUAUUUCAAUUGAUGAAUUUUAUAUUCUAAUUGAUUGUAUGAUUAAUUUAAAAAAUAUUAAAAUGCAAUAUAAUCCAUUAUUUAUUCCACCAUUACAUAUUCAUUCUUAUACAUUAAUUCCAAACGAUGAAGAAACAUUUGUUAUUGAUAAAAAUAAUAUAAAAAAAUUUUCUUAUUUAUUUUUUCAUAUUAAAAAUCUUGAAAUAACAAUUCAAUCAAAAGAUAUUAUUAUACAAUUACUUAAUCAACUUCAUUAUUUAGAACGAAUUAAAAUUUUUUGUUAUCAAGAUUAUUUAUUAAAUAUUAAAUAUAAUUGGUUUCAACAAAAUAUUCCUAGAUUUAAUAGAAUUAAUUUUACUUAUCGAAUAACAUCUAGUUCUCUUUUUUUAUCAAUUGGAAAUACUAAACAUGUUGAUGAUGAAACAAUAGUGACAAAUAUCAAACGUAAAACUGUUAAAUGUAGUUGGCACAAAUCUUGUUCAGGAUGUCAACUUCAAUAA